GUACAAAAGGGUCGGGAGAUCGCAAUGUCCUUGUACUCGAUCUUUCCCACGCACUUGGGAGUCAUAUGUUAACAAUGUUCAUCCUUCGAAGCCUGAGCCUUGGGCUCUAUGCCAUGACUUUGACCAUUAUCACCCCAAUACUAGCACUGCCUUAUGCCCCAAGGACAACAGGCUCCCCCGUAUCGGUCACGUUUCAGUUCAAUAGGAACGGCACAUGGCUUGAGAACCUUGCCGUCCGACCCAACGGAGAGCUCCUCGUCACCCGCCUCGAUGUCCCCGAACUUUGGCUGGUCAACCCAGCCACCAACAACGCAAAAGAAGCCGGCUCACUACUAUACAGCUUCCCGAACGCCACCAGCCUCCUCGGCAUCACUGAAAUAGACACCGAUGUCUACGCAGUAGUCGUCGGCAAUUUCUCUAUCUCAACGGUCACCAGCACACAGGGCUCCUACUCCAUCUGGAGCAUUGACCUCUCCAGCUCAAAACCUACCGCGAAAGUCCUGGCCCCGAUCCCGGAAGCCAAAUUUCCCAAUGGCAUCGUGCGCUUUGGACAGGACCUCCUCCUCAUCACCGACUCCGCCAAGGGCGUCAUCUGGCGUCUGAGUCUGUCAACGGGAGAAUUUUCGCAGGCCCUGUCUGACACAACAAUGCUCCCUGCAGAGGGUCAGCCAAAUGCUGUGGGAGUCAAUGGAAUUGAUGUGCGCGGGAAAUAUGUUUAUUACACAAGCACUACGCAGAUGCUAUACGCGCGGGUUCCUGUUGAUGAGAAGGCGACUGCGACUGGGCCCGUCGAGAUCAUCGCUAGUAGCUUCACGCCAGACGACUUUAUGCUGACACGUGAUGGAUCGGCGUAUAUCUCUACCAACCCGCAGAAUGGGGUGGUGAAGGUUGACCCCCACGGCAGAGUGAAGCUGCUGGCUGGGAAUGCAUUUAAGAUUGAGGUCGGGGGUUCCACUGCGGUUGCUAGUAGCAGAGAUGGUUCAGUUCUCUAUGUUACUACUAGUGGGGCGCAAUUCUCGCCUAUCUUGGGCAAGACGAUUGAACCAGCUAAGGUUGUGGCUGUCCGUGUUUAGGGAAGUUGCAUGUAUACGGUAUAUGUGGUUAUACGUGGUGGAAUAGGCGGGGUUUGGGAGGAUUAUAGAUCAACAAACGUAGAUCGAUGUCAUCACAGAAAUUGGAGGCUAAUUUAAGGACGGGCUUGCAUGGCAACU